AAGCUGUAGUCGCGAACAUCAUAAAUGUCAACACGGUUUUAGCAAAGAUGUUAUUAUAGAUUUAAUUUCCUUGUUAAAUUGUUAUCGUUCGCAAAUAACAAUGUAUCUCGGUAAUGAUCCAGAAUAUCCAACGAGUUACACGAGACCUCCGAUUACAAUUCGUGUAUGGCCCGGCGAUUACGGUGCACCUUCGGUAGAUCCAACAUCGCUUAUUGUUCUGACGGUCUGUAAAAUGCACAAAGUUCCCGUGAAAAUCGUCCCUGCCUUCUUUCCCUUUCUCGUUGAUAUUCCUAGUAUUGAGGAGAGGAAUUUGCUCAUUGUCGACAAGGAAAAAAUAUUAGACUAUGUUUUCCAACUGUGCCAUGAGGAAUCACUACUGAAUGCGCGACAGCGAAGGAAAUUACGAGCGUACAAGCAAUAUUUUAUGCAACAUUUUGGUGGUCCAUUUUAUUUUGAUUGUUGGAUACAUGAAACUAACUUUACGCACGCAAUUGAAACCUGGUUUACCCGUGUUAUACCGUUUCCUUUCAACUUAUUAUACCUUCACCAGAAAAGGAAGCUGGCGCAAAAUGAGUUCAAUCUAGUAAAGCGCACAAGUGAGGCAGACACGUUUAUGUCAUCGAAAUACGAGGGUGCGGCAGUUUGCUUGGGAGAUUUCGACUAUCUGCUGAAGGAUGAUCGUAAAUUUUUAUACAAAAAUAUACCAACAUCACUAGAUGCGAUUGUGUAUAGUUACCUGGUUAUAGCGAUGAACAUGCCGCUCCAAAAUCCCAAGCUGCAACAAUUUAUUUAUAGGCAUAAAUGGCUGGUAAAUUAUGUUCACCGCAUUACAAAGGAAUAUUUUCCCAACACUUCAUAUCAAUUCCAGUAUGUGGAUCCAGUGUAUGCUCCAUACGAUCGUGUGUCAACCAAGUGUUUGAUUAUUUUCGGGAUGUGCGUGACAAUAUUAAUGGCCUUAUAUGCCCAUACCAAUGGAAUUUUCAAAUUAAAAAAAGACUAAAUUGCCUAAUA